UGAGGGAGUUGGAGAAUGAGCUGGAGGGUGAGCAGAAGCGCAACGCUGAGAGCAUUAAGGGUCUCCGCAAGUCUGAGCGUCGUGUCAAGGAGCUCAGCUACCAGACAGAGGAGGACCGUAAGAACAUGGUCCGGCUCCAGGACCUGGUGGACAAGCUCCAGCUGAAGGUCAAGGCCUACAAGCGACAGGCGGAGGAGGCGGAGGAACAGGCCAACACCAACCUGGCCAAGUUCCGCAAGGCACAACAUGAGCUGGAUGAGGCGGAGGAGCGUGCUGACAUCGCUGAGUCUCAGGUCAACAAGUUGCGGGCCAAGAGCCGUGACAUUGGAGCCAAGAAAGGACUCAAUGAGGAGUGACACUCUGGACUUCCAACCAUCCCAUCUGAACUCCCAGCUGUCCCCUGUAGACUCCCAAGAGCCCACCCCUGCU